GCCUUAUUAUGUACUGCUAGCUAUUUCUCUCUUCUGUGCUUUCUAACAUUGAUUAAUUUCUUCUUCUUAAACUGUUUUUCAUAACUGAAGCUCCUACUUAGCAUGUAAGGCUACUAAACUAUUCCUAAUGUCUUUUGCAAUAACAUUAGUAGUAUCAGUGCCAUCACAAGCUUCUUUUAUUGUGGCCAAAAUUAAUAUUUAUCAUAGGCACUCUGAGAAGGUCAUUAGUGCCUUAGGCAGGAAAGGGUUGCCAAAACAAGGGACGGUAGAGUACUACUCCGCCUGGAUAACUCAUGACCAGCACGGGCACGGUGGAGCACCAACACAUCAUUUACCGGCACUGACUUUUGCUGGGGGUGAUGCCAUCACAGCUAUAGAAAAAUUGGGAAACCUCCAUUAUGCUGAAAUACGAGUUGGGACUCCCCCCGUGUCAUUUAUGGUCGCAAUUGACACGGGGAGCGAUAUAUCUUGGUUUCCAUGUGGCUGCACGGACUGUGCACACUUCUAUGAGACAAGCAUGGGACAAGUAUGAAUAAACCAAAAAUUCUCAAUAGUUACAGCCCAAAGUCAUCAUCCACAAGUAGUGCACCUGUUAUAUUCGGGUGUGGAAUGGUUGAAACAGGCACCAUUCUGGAGAAGGGUGCAGUAAACGGUUUGCUAGGCCUGGGGUUUAACACUUCUUUGGAUGUUCCAACCGUUUUAACAUCCAAAGGGUUAGUACCCAACUCAUUGUCCUUAUGCUUGCGUUUGGAGACAAAGGUAGUACUGACCAGAUGAUAACACCGCUAGACACUGACCAAUAAUUUCAUGAUGGGCUACCAUCUCGUGUUUGAUCGUGAAAGGUCAGUUCUGGGAUGGAAACCAUCAGACUGUAAAACAAAAGAAGCAAACACAGCUGAUUCCAAUGGAGCAUCAUGACAACAAUGGCGAGCAUAUUUGUGUUCUUUUUAGCUUAUAUUUCC